UGUUGUUACUAUUAUUUUCUUAUUUGAUUUUGAAUCAUUUGACUUUGGGAUAUUGCACUCAUUUGGGAGUCUAUUUUUUAAAGAAAAAAAAUAAUAUGCAUAUACAUAUCAUAAUAAUCAAAUGAAAGAUAGACAUAGAGGCACCCUACAUGAGAAAUUGACAGUUAAAGCGAACACUACUAUUUAGAAUGUUAUAACCAAUGAAAGAAGGGGCCCACUACCUAGUACUUUUCUUUCAAUAAAUAAGAGUUAUUUUUAUUGCGUGUUCGUAUAUAAAUAUAGCAAAGUUCUGAUGACAACAAGCCCCGCUGUACUAUAUAUAAUCUAUUCUGUUGUGCUAUUUUUGUCUACCUUAUUCUUUAUAAUUAUCUUUUUUAGAAAAUGAGACAACUAUUAUUAUUUAUAUUCCUAUCAAUCGCAAGUCUAGUUGCAGCAUCUGAUUAUUUUGACAUAUUACAGGAUGAAUUUAAACAAACAACAACAGGAAAAGUGCGUCGAUAUUACAUGACCAUUGAAGAAGAAGUUUGGGAUUAUUAUAACGAGACUAAUUCCAAAGUUUCAGAAGGAAAUCAUUUUAUCGGAACAAGAUAUUAUAAAGCAUUGUAUCAUGAAUAUGAAGAUAUUACAUUUACGAAAAAAAAAGAAAAAUUUCAUUGGCAAGGAAAUAUGGGACCGAUAUUAAAAGCCGAAGUAGGAGAUAUUAUUCAAAUUUUCUUUUGGAACAGAGCUUCAAAAAACUUUACUAUUCAUCCACAUGGAAUAUUUUAUGAAUUUGAAAUGGAAGGAGCUGUCUUUAAAGAUGCUUAUCAGGAAAGCUCUGUUGGGCCUAAUCAAAAUUACACUUACACAUGGAGUGUUUUACCAAGAGCAGGUCCUGGCCCAAAAGAUGGUGAUUCGCUUGUUUGGGGAUAUCAUUCACAUGUUACUGAGAAUGACAUAUAUGCUGGAUUAUAUGGAGCUAUUCUAGUUUAUAGACAAGGAAAAUUAUCACCAUUUAACAAUGAUAUUGUUACAGCCUUAUUUGUGGCCGAUGAAAAUCUAUCACCUUAUUUAAGUCAAACAAUGUCAGAAUUAUAUCCUGAUUUUGAUAUAAGCAACUAUGAUCAAGAUAAGGUGUAUAAAGCCCAUCAAUUCCCUUCUAUUAAUGGUUUGAUAUCUUCUUCACCAAAGGACUUGGUCUUUAAUGAAACUGUCGUUCAAUGGCAUUUGUUAGGUUGGGGUUCUUAUAUGGAUGUUGAAUUUAUAAAAUGGGAAAACGCAACCAUCAUCGAUGGCAAUAAUCCAACAGCAAUGAUUAAUAAUUACGUUCGUUUAAUGCCUGCUUCAUUUUAUUCUGUUAUACUUAAACUUGAAGAAAUCCAAGGUGAAUAUCAAUUUGGAUCAUUAGAUAAUCAAAAUGGCAUGACAAUGAAAUAUAAAAUGACAUUAUGAUAUAACUGCAUUUUCUUACAUUAUUUGCAU